CUGAGGAAACUUAAAAACACGCUUAUGAGGAGAACAGAUCGGAUGCGUUCAGCUCGGCUGCAGAUUUGCUUUAUUUUUCUUCUUUUUAACGCUGUUUUUGCAGCUGCCUGUUUUUGCUGCCUGGAUAAAUGUUUGAUGGAGCUGCGCGUUUUCUGCACCGCUGCGAUGAAUGAAACAAAGAGGAUGGAUGCAUUCCUGCGGGAAAUGUUAAUAUUUCUGACCUGCUAAAACGUUUUUAAUCAAGAGUUUGGGAAAACGUCUCAACUUUAAAAGGUAACUCAUAAGUUAAAGAGUCUGGAUUAGAAGAAACGCGCCUGGUGGACAAUUAAUGACCAAGAUUCACCUGUUCACUGCUUUAUUUCAACUCUUUUGAUGUGACGUCACAUCUUAAAGUCAUUAAGCUGGGAAACCUUCAGCUGGGAUUUAAUCAGCCAACCGCCAGAACACCUGCGGAAACUUUUCAGGUAACACUGCGGUUUUCCCAGAGUUUUACCAGCAGGUUGAAUCAGGCUCUGCUUGUCUUACAUGGACCCCCUCACAGAUGAUGAAUUAAAUAAAUCCUUUUUAAUUCUGUCCUAAGAUGAGUCAGGGGCCUAACCUCGUCCUCCAGUGGCUCUCAAGGCUCCACCUGGCCCAGUAUGUUGAGUCUUUCCUGGAUAACGGCUAUGAUGACCUAGAGGUGUGUAAGCAGAUCGGGGAGCCGGACCUGGAUGCCAUCGGGGUUCAGGUCCACUUCCACAGACACAGGCUGCUCACAGCAGUGCAGGAGCUCAGAGAGGAGGAGACGAGGAAAGCACCUGGCUACUAUUUCACCCUGGAGCCCCUGGAUCCUCCUGCCUGUCACCAACCUGUGGGUGACCCGGGGUCACUGGGGUCAGCCCUGCACCAGGCCUCCUGUCCUGGAAACCACAACCCAAGAUUCACAGACUGCAGCGACUUUGUGACUUAUCCCAAGCUGAAGCUGAAGGUGCUGAUAAGAGACAAGCUUUCCAAAGAUGGGAUCAACCUGGGACAAGCACCUUACACCCACAAGGAUGGCUCUGUGGGGAACCUUGAUGACCUGGCUCAAGAGUACUCGCAGUACUACGGCACCUCACUCAGCGACGUGUGCGAACGGAUGGAGGAGCUACGGAAACGCAAAUUAAUACAGGAAAUGGAGAUGGGAAAGGUUGACUCAGCGGCCGCAUCACCACACCUCCGCUCUCAGAUCCAGGAAUCUCUUGGACUCGGCAGUGGCUCACUGAUAACAGAGACUGACAGAAGGGUUCCUGUGAACAAAUCCAACUCGGAUGAUGGAUCAGGAGCGAAAUGGGACACGAAGAAAAAAAGUAAGUCUUUAUGGCCGAGCUUCCGCAAGCCACAGAAAGGGGUGAUGCGUCAGACAAAAGGUGACGAUGUUGGUUUCGUCGCCAGCGAGAUCACGAUGAGCGAUGAAGAGCGUAUACAGCUGAUGAUGAUGGUGAAGGAGAACAUGAUCUCCAUAGAGGAAGCUCUUGCCCGGCUGAAGGAGUUUGAGACCCUAAACAGACCCACAAGCAGAUGUGAUUCCCCAGAUCCCUCUGGUUCCAGUUCAAACGACUUGUCCAGCUGCACUCCUCUUGAGCUGUCUGAAAACGAAGAGGAAUCUCCAACCUUCAAAAGGCUCCACAAACUGGUCAACUCCACACGGAAAGUGAAGAAAAAACUGAUCCGAAUAGAUGAGUCCAAAAGAACCGGAGCUGAUGAGAGCCUAGGUGCUGAUGGAAGCCAGCCCCCGCAUUCAGGUGUGCUGAGGACGCCUCCGGUCGGCCCCUUGGACUCCUUGGCUUCAGCUUUGCAGAAGCAACUCACCCCUGACAGGGACUCCGACAGCCUGACUACCUCCCAUUCCUCCAGCAGUCUGGAGACAUGCAGCAGCCAGAAGAUGCUCCAGGCCUGUGGAAAGGUCGGCGGGAGCCCCGUUCACCAGGACGCCGGUGCGGUAGAGGAGGUGCGGGAGGCGGCGGAGGACUCCUCCUUCUCUGACGCAGAGGGGUGCAGCGAAGAGGAGCCCAAAAUGGCGCGCUCUGUGACCGAAGGAGAGCUCCGUCACCGCGCUCUGGGCUCGCUGAGCCUUCAUGGAAGAGCCUGCAGCUUUGGUGGAUUUGACCUGAUGAGUCGCUCAGUUCAAGCAGCCACUUCGGACAAUGACAACACUACAAAAGAUGGAGAGAGUGGGUCGAGAGGCGAAGUCAGGUCUCCUUCAAUGUCUCGGAUUUCUCUGGGUAAAAAAGUCAAGUCUGUGAGGGAAACCAUGAGAAAACACAUAUCCAAGAGAUACCAGAGUUCUCCCUCUGAGCAGUCGAGUCCAGACCACGUAGCCAGCUGCCCUCAAUCGCCUCAGAUGAGCUCUGACUCCUUGGAGAAGCCCAAGCUGAAGCCAGGAGGAUCUGUGGAGAGUCUGAGGAGCUCCCUCAGUGGGCAGAGCUCCAUGAGCGGCCAGACGGUCGGCACCACUGACUCGUCUAACAGCAACAGAGAGAGCGUGAAGUCUGAGGAUGGGGAAGAAGAUGAGCUGCCUUACCGUGGACCUUUCUGUGGACGUGCACUGGUUCAUACAGAGUUCACACCGAGUCCCUACGACACUGACUCCCUCAAACUGAAGUGUGGAGAUGUGAUCGACAUCAUCAGUAAACCCCCGAUGGGCACCUGGAUGGGAAUGCUCAACGGUAAAGUAGGAACCUUCAAGUUUAUAUAUGUGGACGUUCUGAAUGAGGAGGUGAAGGCCAAAAAGACACGCAGGAGGAGGAAGGCCAGGCAGCCCAAACCGACUUCUGUGGAGGAGCUGCUUGAGCGCAUUAAUCUGAAGGAGCAUCUCCCCACCUUCCUUUUUAAUGGCUACGAGGAUCUUGACACGUUCCAGCUGCUGGAAGAGGAGGACCUGGAUGAGCUGAACAUCACGGACCCGCAGCACAGAGCAGUGCUGCUAACUGCUGUGGAGCUGCUCCAGGAGUAUGAAGGAAGCAGUGACCCUGAGCGGAGCGCUCAGUGCGGAUCCUCUCAAGAGAAGCUUCUUCUAGACAGGCGUGGAGUCCUGGGCGACUCUCCGCGGGACUCUGGCUGCUAUGAGAGUAACGAGAACCUGGAGAACGGAAAGCAAAAAAAAUCACCCGGAUCCAUCAACAGGUCUUCAUCUGGAUUUGAGUCCAGCCUCCUCCCCACAUCCACUGUCCAAAAUAAAACUCACCUGCCCUCCAUUCAGCAAUCUCUUAGGCCCCCAAAUAAUUACUUUGCUCCCAUGAACUCUGGAGGAGCAAUUGCUCGAAGUCACAGCUGCGCGGAUCUUAAAAGCAGCUCACCGCCGAACUCGUUGGAUUGCUCCGACUCCCUAAAAGCUCUCCACAAAGAUCGGUGUAGAAAACAGCCCAACCAAGCUGACCGACUGAGCGCCACAAAGCCAGCUAAGGCCUCACAGCAUGCUGUAAUUCCUCCUCCUGUUAGCAGAGCUUCUGACACAGACGGAGAUAAGGUGUUUGCACAAAAACAGGCAGUUAAAACUGAGAGCAGAGCCAUAGAGCUGCAACGAGCUGCAGAAAAGUCAAGUCAACCAGACUCACACCCAGAAGAGCCCUUCACCACAAAAACCACCAGUGGAUCUGAGCGCACCAAUCAGGUCUCUGCAGAGGACAUGAUAAGCCAACCGGUUUCAGCCGCUUCAGAAGCUCGACGACUGAAACUCCAAAGAAUUAAAAAGAUUUCCUCGCAUUCAGUAAGUUGGGGGCCUAAUGUGUAAAAGGAAGAAAUAAAAACAAAGGUCUAAACUAUAGAGGAAAAACUGGAACCAGUUUCCUCCUAUGUUGUGAUUUAGGAUGUAGUAAGGAAAAUGUUCUUAGCUUUGCUGCUGCUGUAUCGGGGUAUUGCUUUUCUUCAACUGUGUAGAAAAUAGUAACAGAAGAGGUCUGUGCAGGUUUGUUGUUGGACGUGAAAACUUUUUUAAGUUCAGCCCUGUCAGCUGAAACUCUGGUAGAGCAAACAUCUCAUUAGAAACAAACUUAAGCAUUUCUCAGUUUAGUGCCAUUAAACAUGUCCAUUAAGUGCAA